CGUCCGCAGCGAAGGCAAUGCUUCUUUUGGACAGCAUGGGUUAUAGCAUCCAUCCCCUGGGUUCUCGUCUUUCUGGUCUACUUCACGGCCAUUUUUCUACCUUCGUACACCCAUUGGCCUGAGCACUAUCGGGUGCUGGAGAGGAGAUGCAAGAAUUCCACGCAGCCUGGACGAGGAAAUCCCAACAAUGAGAAAGUGUUCAUUGCUGCGUCGAUAUACGACCAUAACGGCACGCUCUUGGCAGGGCGGUGGGGUAAUACAGUGGUGGAGCUAGUACAGCUUCUUGGCCCGCAGAACGUCUACCUCAGCGUCUACGAGAACGACCCCAACGACGCUGCCAGAGCAUCCCUUGCGAAGUUGGGAAGCCAAUUGAAUUGCAAUGUCUCCCUUGUGGCAGAACAUCUCCCGCUCGAAGAGAUCCCGCGCAUCACUACACCAAAUGGGGAGAAGCGGAUGAAGCGUAUUGCAUUUUUGUCAGAGGUCAGGAACCGCGCAUUACGCCCUCUCGAAACUGCUACUAUACAAUUCGACAAGCUCCUAUUUAUAAACGAUGUCAUGUUCGACCCAAUCGAAGCCGUCCAACUCCUUCUUUCCACAAAUGUUGAUUCAAAUGGACGGACACAAUACGGUGCGGUGUGCGCAGUUGAUUUCAUCAACGCAUUCAAGUUUUAUGAUACAUUUGCGACAAGGGAUCUUGAAGGCUACGAGAUGGGCAUGCAGUUCUUCCCUUGGUUUGCAGAUGCGGGUGAUGCCGCUACUAGGCAAGAUGUGAUGGCACAGAAAGAUGCCGUCCGUGUACGUUCCUGUUGGGGGGGCAUGACUGCUUUUGAGGCGAGCUGGUUCCAGAAGCCUCUUGUGGACAAAUCGACCAGAUAUAAGGGGAAACCCAGCGCCGCCAAGACGCCGCAUUCGCCUCUUCGCUUCCGGUUCGAAGAGGAUCCCUUUUGGGAAGCGUCUGAAUGUUGUCUCAUUCACGCAGAUCUGACUUCCCUCCGUCAUGGUCACAACACCUCAUUCGACUCAGGAAUAUAUAUGAAUCCUUACGUGCGCACCGCAUACGACUCGAAAACCUUCGGUUGGCUCAAAUACACCCGGCGGCCAGAACGACUCUACUCCCUCAUUCAGGGCAUCGUCAGCAGACUUGCUGGUAUGCCUCACUACAACCCACGGAGACUUGAACAGCCAGGGGACGAAGUGAUAGAACAAGUCUGGAAAUACGACGAAGAGGAGGACAUGUUUCCUCUUAGCGGGGCCGGUACGCUAAGAGGUUCGUACACUGCCAUCAAGAGGACGGCCGUUCCAGGACGGUUUUGUGGAAAGAGGAUGCUGCAGGUGGUGAAUGAGGGUGCGAGGAAAGACGAGGACAAUUGGAGCAGCAUUGAGCUUCCAAUGCCACCAAGUUGA